GAUUCAACAACAUAUUCCUUUCAUUUCGUUUGAAAACAGUCGGCUUUGCUACAAGUAAGAGUUGUGUUAGCUAUGUUGUCACGUCGGGAUAAACUGUACGUUCAGCCAUGGGAGGAAAGGAGGUUCCAGGACCAUAGAUCUAAGGUCCGCUCAGCCCUUCCAGCUAUAGACGACCGCCCCCCGCCCCCGCGCGCCCACGUCGCCGUGAAACUGAAGAAGUACCAACGGGAAGCCGACCGAGCCCGCAAGAUAGAGCAGGACAACUACAGUCUGCUGCAGCGGCUCUCCUCUAUCAUGAGGACUAAGCGGCUUGACAACUGCUGGGAGACGCCACUACCCAAAAAACCGUGCUUCAGCUGAACAAGGUGUACGGAACACGCAGCUCGUCCUCAACCCUACCUUCUAUUUGAAUUGACUGACUAAUUGUGUAACUUAAAACCAUGAAUUUUUAAAUAUACAUUUUGAUGUCUUGUUCUCU